AUGAUCAAACUGGCUCAGGACAGUCAAGGUUUGUGUUUCCAGGCAGUGUCUGUGGAAGAUGCUCAGAAAGUCAAGAAUAUGACCAGCGACGAGGCCAUGGUAUACUCGUAUAUCGAGACAGCUGGCCGGGAGGGUAUCUGGACCAAGACCAUUAAAAUGAGAACCAAUCUCCAUCAGAGUAUAGUAUUGCGAUGUUUGAAGAGUCUCGAGAACCAGCGGUAUAUUAAAGCAAUCAAAUCGGUCAAAUAUCCCACCAGAAAAAUAUACAUGUUGGCAUCACUGCAGCCGUCGGUCGAGGUAACUGGUGGUCCAUGGUUCACAGAUUCAGAACUCGAUUCUGAGUUUAUUGAAAACCUGCUGAAUAUCACCUGGAGAUACGUAGUGUCGCUGACGUUUCCUCGUGCUUUUGAACAGGACAAUUUCGCCGAUAAACAGGGUCCUCAGCAGGCUACAUACCCUGCCAGUUAUAAAGGAUACCCUUCAGUGACGCAGAUCCAUAAAUUUGUCACUGAUAGUGGCAUCACCAAUGUCGAGUUGGGUGUAUCUGAUAUUCGAGCUCUUUGUGAAGUGCUCGUGUACGACGACAGGCUCGAACGCCGCGAUGCGGGCUUCAGUUAUAAAGCCACCUGGCAAAGUGUGGUUGCAUUUGGCGGCGGGUUCGAGGGGGACGAACUCGACGACGCUCUCGACGGCUUCACCGAGUCGCCCUGCGGCCGCUGUCCUGUGGUCGACCACUGUGGCCGCGACGGCCCUGUCAACGCCGAAGAAUGCGUCUACUACGACGAGUGGCUCAUCAACUAA